AUGAGUUUCACCGAUGUGAACCUGGCGGAGCAGGACGAAGACGGGGCCACGCCUAUGCAUUUCGCGGCCAGUCGGGGCCACGCCAAAGUCCUGAGUUGGCUGCUUUUACACGGAGGGGAGAUCGUGUUGGACCAGUGGGGGGGGACCCCCUUGCACGACGCGGCAGAGAACGGGGAGCUGGAGUGCUGUCAGAUCCUCGUGGUUAACGGCGUCGACCUCACCCUGCGCGACCAAGACGGCUACACCGCCGCGGAUCUUGCCGACUACAACGGACACUCGCAGUGCGCCAAGUACCUCCGGACGGUGGAAAACAUGAGCGUGGAACAUCGGGUGCUCUCCCGAGAUCCCUCGGCCGACAUGGAACUCAAACAACCGGAUUCCGGCCUCUCCUCUCCCCACACCACCGCCUCGGCCCCCCAGACUCAUUUCGACAUGGGGUCCCCGAGCAGCAUCUUCUCCAACUACGACUCCUCGCACUCGAGCCAAUCCAGCACGGGAGAGAAGAGGAAUUACACGGGGACGCGUGUGCCAAAGGCAGAGAUCAGGUGUCUUGCGGCUUUCCAGGCAGCUGGAAAAGGCAACCCAGAAGGGGCCGUUGCUCUCCUGCCCAGUCCUUCCAAAUGGUUCCCUGAUGCCAACCCUUUCUCCUCCGGCCCCACAGGCACCAAAUCUUUCAACAUGAUGUCCCCAACGGCCGACAAUUCGGAGCUGCUGGCCGAAAUCAAAGCCGGGAAGAGUUUGAAGCCAACCCCCCAAAGUAAGGGAUUCACCACCAUCUUCUCCGGCUGUGGCCAAGUGGGCGCCAGUGUUGAGUUCCCUGCAGCUUCCGCGUCCCCCGCGGGAACACCAACGCCCCCCUCGACUCCCGAGGAAGCCUCCGGAUUCAGGGCUUCCGGCUCGCCCAAGUUGGAGAUCAACGGUUCCAUGACCAGCCACUUUGGGGCCCCAAGUGUCCACGUGGACCUGGAGGGCCUGAUCCCCACCCAUGAUGAGCAGGGGAGAGCCAUCCCCGAGUGGAAGCGACAAGUGAUGCUACGCAAGCUCCAGAUGAAAAUUCAGGAAGAGGAAGAGCAGAGACGCAAGCUACGAUCUGGGAAUUGCUACCCCCAGGAAGGCUGGCGGUACUCCCAUGCUCACAACGCCAUUUUGGGACCUUUCGGGGAACUGAUGACCGAAGACGACAUCCUCCGUAUUGAGAAGCAAAUCCAGAACCUCCAAGUCGUACACAAGGUGCAGAAAGUCGAGACCGAACUGGAACAGCUGGAACAGGAACUCCAGCAGCUGCUGCCGGUCUCGGCCGCCUUAGCGAAGGAACACUUCACCGUCAACCCCAAGUGCAUGCACGGCCGGGCGGAGGACCUCCCCGGUUGGUGUAACAAGAUCUCCAUCCUCUUGAAAAGCAUGUCCAUCCUGCUGGCCACGCUGGGCGGCAAAGCCACCAGCCUGGCUGAAAUGGUUACCACUGAAGCGUUGCUGCAGAAGAGCAAAGACACUCAGGCACUCCCCUCCGCAGCACCAACGUUCAACGACGGCCCAAGCCACAUCGCCCGUUCUCAGUCGUUCAGCUGCACCCGGGAGGAAGUGGAGAAGGAGAUCAUGCAGUGGGGGGUAUCGGUGAAGAAUCUGAAGGCCAACUACGAGGUCCAUGUGCAGGCGCAGCUGAUCAGCGAAGCAACCAACCGGGUGUACAGGAGGAAGCGUUCCCUGCCGGUGGAAACGGCCCAGUUCACUCUCGGGCGUGAGCCCAUUUUGGAAGAAGACUACGUCAUGGGCCUGGAGCCAUUCACUGUCCUGGGAGAUGAGGCGGUCUCUAUCGGUGAUCUAGAACCCCCUGUUCAGACAUCCCAUGCGCCUCUCCUGUACGAGGUGGGGCCCAGCCCGUUCCCCAGAGGAGACUCCUUCGCAGAAACCAUGUUCAGCCCUGACCACAUGACCAGGAGCCUCCCGGUGCAGACCGACCUGAGUUGCAUCCAAGACUACAUCGACCUGCGGAAGGAACGGAUUGUCUACCUUUUCCUGGAGCACUGGAAGAGGUGGACCUUCACCGAUUCGGGCAGAGAGGUCCAGCCAAGGAGGGUGACGGAGAUGUCGGAUCCCGAUUUGGAGGUAGACGGCCAAGUGUACAACCUGCCUGCGUUGACAGUCUCAGAGCCGAAACCCACCGAGGACCACCAACUCCUGUACUUCAUGAAGCAGCGCCAAGUGGUGGGCAAGCUGCUGACCCACUGGAGAAGCAUCAUCAGCCAGGUGCCCACCAGACAGAUCCGCCGCCUGAGCCACGUCGACAUUUUCUACUGGCCCGAACAUUUUUUGCCGCACGUUGACGGCUCGCCGGUGGAAUACGACAGCCUCACCUUGGACCUCUUCAUGCUGGGUUACUUCCAGCUGCUGGAGAUGGACAUGAGCCGGGAGGAGCGCAGGUUCCGCCACCUGCUCUGCUACGAGAUGUUUGACCAUCUGGGCAGCCACAGCUGGGACCUCAUCCGCCACUUCCACAAAGUGGUGAUGGAGGAAGUGGAGGCCGGGAAGCGGGAUUGGCUGGAUGGCUUUGAGGACCUCAAGCAGAGGUUCUUCAGAGACGACCUGGUGGUGGACCACGGGACCACGCCCAGUGUGGAUGUCCCGGCCGAAACCCUACAUUCUCCCCCUAUUCUCUCCCACCAGGAAUCCUCUCAGUCCUUGGUCAGUAGCACCCAAGAGCCCCCGUGCGUUGGAGACGAGCUAGCAGUGGUCCCAGCGUUAAAGAGUAGGGCGAAUUCCAUCCAGCUCGUUUCAGAGCUUGGAGAAUUCAACAACGAUGACAUUUGCCGCUACAUAGACCGUAGCUUCUCGUUUUGGAAAGAAAAGGAGGCCGAGAUGUUUGAUAUCUGAGGGCCCAGCUCCCUGGGGUGGUUUGGAGAAGAUCUUUGCAGAAGAUAGCUUCUUAAACAUGGGUCGGUUCAAUCUGGAGCCGGUCCUUCACCAGUCCAGAAGGUGACAUUCACUGCGCUCCCAAAUAAUAUUGAUAAGAAGGUGCUCCUAGCUAGGACUUUGGCUGGUCUUGGUGGACCAAGCGAAUGGAUCACACAGUUGAGUCCCGUGCUGCACCCGAUACUGAGGUCAGCCAAGAACACCCCUAGAAUUCCAAGGCAUAUGUAGCGUUGCGGCCCCGUCUGAACUCACUCUUCAUCUUUGUGAUGUGCUCUUUGCACACAUCGACAGAGCACAUGUGGGACCUCUGUGCAAGUUGCGGGGGGAGGGAAGCUAAUCCACGUUGCUACCCAGUAGAAGGGGAAACAAAUAGAAGUUGUGCUGAACAAGGACGCUUAGUUAUUGGUGGAGACCAAGAAAGUUUGAAGCAGUUAAGGGCACAAUCAGACAGGGAGGGUUUUUGGUCCAAACCAGAUCCCGUAUCUGUUUUAGUUUUAGUUUUUUUUAAAAAUCAAUUUAUGCCAGAUGUGUAACACACUUAGUCCUCAACCAAGCACGAUCCAGUGUACCUUAGCCAUCUUGUGUAGAUUCAACACACGGGAUUAAUGUAUAGUGCGUAGAGUGUGUACGGACAAGCUUCCACAUGUUAGGAAACUGACGUUUUGGGCCCUGUUGACACCAAAGGACAACAGUGCCUCGUCUUGCAUUUGUUGCGUGUCGAUGUGCUCCACGCAACGUCGUUCAGUUGUCACAGUAGAGUUCAAGAGAUUUUGCAGUGAAUGGGGUGGACUUAAGAGUGGAUGGUGCGCUAAUGUAAUUAAUUUCAGAAAUACUGAUUAUACUUCGCAUAAUAGUUCCAUCAAUUCUCGACAAUCUUAGCACAAAGAGACAAAUUAACAUCGCUUUGCCCCCCGAGUGUGCAAUUUGUUGGCGUGUUACUUCUAUCCCAUCAGGGGUGCCAUGGCUCCCUUUGCUGUGUGCGUUAUUAUGCAAGUUUUUCUAAUUAUUUUCUUAUUAUUAUCGCUACUAAAAAUAGGGGAACAACCUCAAAUUAAAUUGGGGAGCCGGUUUCAUUUUGAUGGAAAUUUACUUCCCCCCCCCCUCCCCACCGAAGUU